AUGCCUAGUCUCAUGCAGAAGCUGCAGGCCAAGCUCGAGCUGUUCCGCCUCGAGCAGCGCUACACGCGCAACCGCCACCGCCGCUCAACCUUUGUGAGUAACGCUGUCUACGUAGACGGCGAGUACGUCUACCAGACACCAAACUCGACCGGCUCCAGCAACAGCUCCUCUUCGACACCUCCAAUCGAAGAGUACGAGUCCGAGAGGCGGCGCAACAGCCUCGAAGCGCAACGCUCGCCCGUCCACCAGGCCGAGAUGACACCCGCGCAACGCAAGCGUCUCAACCGCUUCUCCUCCAUGCCUGGCUUCGGCACCUCGACAAAAGUGACAUCACGUGGUGACUUCCGGUCAAACACCAUUGAUGUACGGGAAGUCCGGUAG